AGUCAUAUGUGUUUGUAAGCAGCAAAUCCUUAUUUGUUCAUCUUUCUUGUAUUAAUAUAUUUACUAUUGUUUAUCAUUAGCUUGCAGACAUCAUAUAUAUACAUCUGCAAUAAAUAUGUAUUCUGCAAUAAUUGCAACCUUAGCAGUUUUUUUGUGGCAAAUAAUUUUGCGACUGCACGUGGAAGCCAGUUAGGAUGCAAUGUAAAGGAGCCAAAGAACGAUAUUGAUUGGUCCAAGAUGCCACCUAGAUGGUAUUUGACGAUUCAUACACCUGAUGAAGUUUUUUCAAACGUUGUAGCUUGCCAAGUAAUAGAAAAUAUCACGAAUCCUGAGCCGCAUGGAUUUCGGCUCUACAUCAAGAAUUACUACUUAUCCGGAGCUGAUCCACGAAGAUUUACGUUUCAUGCUGAAAAACAAGAUGGUUCCUCUAUUUAUCAUGGAGCAGGAGAAAAAGGGGCGAUUGAAGCCGAUUCCGAAAUAACUCCAACAGAUUAUAACUUGGAAGCUGUUAUUGAGGCAACAAAAACAGGAAUGGGCAAAGAAGAACUUACAGUGGCCACAGAUUAUUCCACUUAUAUGAUCCUCGUGCUGUGUGACGCAGAAGACGAUGAAAAAGUUGUUCUUGUUUACACUUCGACUGAAAGUACAUCAGUGGAAGAAGUUUUACAAGUUGGAAAUGCGCUGAGCGAAAUUCAAGCAGCUACCCAACUGCAGUUGUCGGAAUGCCCCGAUGUUGACUUCAGCAAAUAGAAAAAUAAACGAUUUCUAAAUUUUUAGUUCGUGCGGCGCUAACUUGUCAGGAAAAAAUUCACGACGCACUUACUAAAAAUUAGUGCCUUCAAAUAAAACUCAAUUUUAUGACUGAUAAUGUGUACUUUUGACUUUUUGAAGUUUGUUAACAUGUAAGCCUAAAGAAUAAAGACAAAGAGUGAACUCUUCU